UGUUUUCGUAAACAAAAAAAGUUCUGAUAUGUUAAAUAAAUAUUUAAAAGAAGUGGGGUAAUUUUGAAGCCUAUCUCUAUAUGUUGAAUUUAAGAAGCGAUUGAAUUUUAGUAGCAUUUUAAAUUCGCUGCUUCAAGUAUCUUGUCGAUUUAGGCGAUUGCAAGAUGUAUUUUAUUGACUUUUCAAGAUUAUUGUGAGCAAGUGCGGUUUCAGGUUUUAGUCAAUGAAAACAUUUGGUUUUAGUUUUAAGCAUCAUUAGCCAUGUUUUAAACUUCAAAAAAUAAAAUGACCCUACCACACAUCACUUUGUUAUGUACGGUCUAACUGAAUCAAGUAGUUUUUAAAAGUAUUUUCAUUUGAAAACAAAUGAAUCAAACACUAUCGAUCAAAAAGUUUUGAACCUUUCAAAAACCUAUUCUCUUUUCCCUGAGCUCUUCAUAAAUGUAUUUUUCGCCCUUACUAAGAAAUAUUUGUUUGCAAAUCUAAAAUUCUAAACUUAUUGGUUUUAAUCUUUUCAUCACUUUUUAAAACAAUUUAUGACUUUAACCCUAAGACUGUUAUCCAUGGGGGCCGUGCGAAGAAGGUCUUAGCACAUUCAAAGGUCCAAUUUGACCUUCUAAAGGCGUCCAAACCCAACAGUCGCUUAACUAGACAACUGCCUAUGAUGUCGAUCCUAUUCUUUUGCUCAGAGUUGAGCAGAAAGGGUCGAUUUUAACUUUAAACCUAAGACUUUUGGCACUGGAGGCGAACGUUUUACCCCAGAGCUAUUAGGCGGUCAAUCAACACAGGAUUGAUUAAACUCGAUUAAAUUAUUCCGUGUCUGACGAGAAGAAUGGAGAGGGGGAGGGAGAGAAGGAGGAGUAGGAGGAGGGUGAUCUGGUAAUCUCUUGUCAAAAAUUUGAGUCCUUUUAAUUCAUUUCCACGCGUAUUUCGAUAGACUAAAUAAUUCAUUGACAAAAACUGUGAUACAUCUGUGUUUUGUUUUGAUCAAUGUUAUCGUUAGAAAUAAAUUAUGAAGUGGAAAAUAAAGAAAUAAUAAAAAAAAAUCAUAAUAAACUAUAUACAUCUAUGAAGUUUAAAUCUUGAAACAAUGGAUAAGAAACAAGUUUUAUUGGCUUUGCUUUUCCAAAUUACCAUCUUUGGAUCAACAAACACAAAUGGUUUGGAUAAGUUUGUGUCAAAAGAGUUUCAUCGACUAUUAACAGGUUACAACAGAAGAAUAAGACCAAAUUAUUCUGGUAAUGCAACGGUGGUUAAUAUAGACGCAACAAUUUUAAAGUUUGGAGAAUUAAACGAAAUGCAAAUGACGUACUCAAUGGACCUAUCUCUUCGUCAAACAUGGAUUGACCAAAGACUACGUCAUAAUUCAUCAAAUAUAAUUAUUUCUUUAAUCGGAAAAGGUGUUCCAUCAGAUGUUAUUUGGACGCCAGAUACCUAUAUUGUAAACACUCACAUCAUUGCAAAGCAGGAUAUAGCAAGCCCUAAUGCCAAAUUCAUUAUACGUCAAGAUGGUACAAUUUUUUUGGAGACAAGCAUGAAUGCUGUUGUAAAUUGUAAAAUGGACUUUCACAAGUAUCCAAUGGAUGUACAUAGCUGUGGAAUGAUAUUACAAAGUUAUGCUUACCCCAAGGAGCACAUUGUAUAUCGAUGGCAUGGAAAAGGAUAUACAGUGCGGAGGAAUAAAAUAGCUCAAUUUACAAUGUCUAACAUCCGAAUAAACACUGGUGAAAAGUAUUAUGAUCUUGAAGGAGUAUUUAGCACUUUAGAAGUUACAUUCCGUUUCGAAAGAAAAAUAAGUGCAUACGUGCUUCAAAUAUUCUUUCCUUGUGCCGCUAUUGUUUGCGCGUCUUGGUUUUCCUUUUGGUUUCACAAACAUUGCGUGUCCGCAAGAUUCGGAAUUGGCGCAAUGACGUUGUGGAUACUUUGUUUCAUGUGGGGAACCAUUAAUCUUCGUUUACCAAGAGUAGAUUACCUAACAUCUGUUGAUACAUAUUUCAUUGCAUCAUUUUGUUUUAUUGUGUGUAGCAUUAUGGAGUUUGUGAUUGUUUUAAAUAUUAGCGCAAAUAAAAAUGAGGAAAAAGAAGAAAACAAAAACACGCUGCAAAACCAAUGGCGAAGAAAAAGAAGAAGAUUGGUUGAAACAAGACGCUCCUUUAAAAACAUAGGAGACAGUCGAAGUAGAAGUUCGACUGAAACAACUUUUGGAAAUGAAAACAUAGCAAUGAACGAACUCAAUAAAAUUGGAAACAAACGUCGGCGCUUAUCAGUUCCAACACAUGCUACGAAAGAAGGAAUCUUUGUCAACGAUUUCACAAGCAGAGUUAGAUCUUCCACGUACUCAUUCAUGAAAGUAGAACCCAACCGUGUUAUUAGUGUUAAACCCAAACGAAAUGAAAAUAAGAAUCCAGAAUGUGAUCGAGAAUAUUAUAAUUCAACACCAAAAUUAGAUCUGGCUAGCAGAAUAGCUUUUCCUUUUGCUUAUUUUGCAUUUAAUGUAUUAUUUUGGCUAACAAUGCAAAGCUAUAAAAACAUGCACAAUUAAUUGAUUACUAAUUAACAUACAUAAAUCGUUUGAUUAAUAUAACAUUCGCUUAAUGUGACGACGGGGAGAGAUCAACCAAUGGCUGUGGCUUUCAGCGACCUCACGAAACAAGGACAGGCUUAUUUACAGUGCGCAUGUGCAGAUCAGAGUAAACCCCCCAGAACAGUUGCCGUUUUUCUUUCGACUCAAAAGGAACCAUUGUGAAGUUGAGGGUAGAACGUAGAGUAUUUUAACGAAGUAAAAAUGACAUAUAGAAAUACUAUGAUAAAAGAACGCAGAAAAAGCGAAUGCUUCUUCUGAAGUGGAAGAUUUUUCUCUCUAAAUUUUGUGCUCAUUUUAUCACGUUAUCUCGAACUUUUCCCUUAUUUUUCGAACAAAAACAUUCAAUUUUAUUUAAAGUUUGAUUGAUACAUCAAAGAGACGAAUGUUUACCAUUUGGGAUUUUUGAAAGCAGAGUAUUAUUUUAUUCUUCUUCGGAGUUUAGUAACAAAAUACAUACUAAUAUUCAUAUAUUCUUUCUUUUUUCUGUUUCUCCUUUUUGGUUAAGCAAUCUAAUCAAAAACGUAAACCCUCCUAAACAAGUAUCUCGAACUUUAAAGCCUUUCGACGCUCGAUAUCUCGAACUUUUUCUUCGGUCCCCUGAGAGUUCGAGAUAUCGACCGUCGACUGCAUUUUUUUUGACUUUAUUUUACGUUGUCGCUUUCGUUUAAUCUUAAAGUAAUCAAUUUUUGGCGCGCUUUUUCGUAUAGUUUUAGUUCCCGUUCUUGUUUCGUAAAGUCCCUAUUGUUUAGAAAACACUGGACAGCAAAACGGAACGGGACAUAACAAGAAAAUACUUAAAUUUGAAUGGCUAUCUUGUAAUUAUUCGUUUAGUUUUUAUAUGUUUUUCCGUUUUUGCCCACAAUAAAGUUGAAAUGAUUUCAACUUUAACUUUGCAUCAAACGGAAUAGUUCAUCGACCAACCAAAUACCAGAAAUCAUAAUUGUCUGUUCCAGUCUGUUACAUUUUUUGAAAAUUCAUUUUAAGUAUAUGUAUUUAUGUAUUUCAUACCACGAAUAAAUUGAAUAUAUUAUCGGUUAAAGUUUCGUCGGUAGAAAGUGAUAAAAUUAGAAAUUCGUCACUUUUCACCAGCGAAAUUUUAUAACCGAAAUUUUUCACCAAAAUUGAAAAUCUUCGUGUUUGAGUCGGUAUAAGUUUUCUCUUUUUAUUGUAAAUAAAUCUAUUAAGAU